AUGAGUAUGAUGGGAGAGCUUACAUUCUUUUUUAGAUUCCAAAUUCAUCAAUCAGAAAGUGGGAUAUUCAUCUGCCAAGCCAAGUAUAUAAAGGAAUUAAUUCAAAAGUUUGGAAUGAGCAAUGCCAAAUCAAUUGGAACUCCUAUGAGUCCCUCUACAAGUUUAGACAAGGAUGAACAGGGAAAAUUGAUAGAUGAAACAAAGUAUUGUGAAAUGAUUGAAUCCCUAUUAUAUCUAACUGCUAGUCGACCAGAUAUCAUGUUCAGUAUUUUUAAAUGUGCAAGGUUUCACUUAGCUCCUAAGAAGUCACACUUAACUGCAGUAAAGCGAAUAAUUCGCUACAUUGGAACCACCUCUUAUGGACUUUGGUAUCCACGCUCUAACAAUUUUAAACUUGAGGGAUUUUCAGAUGCUGAUCUUGCAAGUGAUAAGGAAGCAAAAAAGCACAAGUGGAACCUACCAAUUACUCGGAAAGGCAUUAAUCCCCUAGAAGAGUAA